CGCCCCGUCGCUCGGGCGCAUCGCGGUCGCCAUGGCGCUGUGCGGCCGCUCCGCGCUCCUCCCGCCGCCCCCGCGGCACCGGCCCCGGCCCCGAGCCCCGGGGCCCUUCGUCAGCUGCAGCCGCCUCAGAAAUAUUCAGACUAUUUUGACACAGAGCAGCAAAUCUCAGCCUGAUGGAAUCCUCUGCAUUUUAGGCAUAGACAGUCGAUACAAUGAAGGAUGCAGAGAGCUGGCAAAUUAUCUGCUCUUUGGUUUGUACAACCAGAACAACAAUGACUUUGAAAGGACAGGUUUUCCUGAGGAAGUUCUGGAUGAUAUAAUCAUAUUAAUAAAACCUGACAGUGUUCAUCUGUACUGUAACCCUGUGAAUUACAAUCAUCUUUUACCCUAUGUGGCACACUGGAGGAACUUGCAUUUCCACUGUCUGACUGAAAAUGAGUAUGAAGAUGAAGAAGCUGCAGAGGAAUUCAAGAUUUCCAGCUUUGUGGACAUGGUCAGGGAUUGCAGCCGCAUUGGGAUCCCCUACAGCUGCCAAGGCCACCUGCAGAUAUUUGACAUGUUCAUCGUGGAGAAGUGGCCGAUCGUCCAGGCCUUCGCGCUCGAGGGGAUCGGGGGCGACGGCUUCUUCACCAUGAAAUAUGAAUUAAUGGAUGUCAGUGCUGAUUUAUGGAAGACCUACAGCAAAAUGGAUCCUGUGUCCUUGGAGGAUUUGCUUUUUGAGGAUUUAACGAUUUUUGAACACCAGUGGACCAACUUUUUUGCUAAUUUUGACACUGAAAUUCCCUUCAUUCUGGAACUCUCAGAAUCUCAGGCUGGGGAGCCCUUCAGAAGUUAUUUCAGCCAUGGCUUCAGCCAUGGCAUGAUCUCAAGCCAUAUAACAGAUAACAGCCCGAGCAGGCAGCCCUUUGUCCUGUUUGGCAGCCACUCCACAAAGGAAAACUUGAACACUGGGAACUUUAAUUUUCCAUCUGAAGGGCAUCUGGUCCGAAACACUGGCCUUGGUGGGAGCACUGCCAAGCAUAUGGUAGUGCAGUGUGUAUCUCCAAAGGGACCCCUGGCCUGUUCAAGGACCUAUUUUUUUGGAGCCACUCACAUUCCUUUCCUGGGAAAUGACAAUGAGAUGCACAAGCAAGCUGAGCAAGUUACGCUGUUGUCGCAAAUAUAUUCUGCUGUUGUAGAGGCUGUGCUUGCUGGCAUUGAGUGCUAUGCUAAAACUUCCACUGAAUCCAAGGCAAAGGAGGUGGCAGAGCAGGUGCUGCUGUCUGUGUUAGACACCCUUGGCUUAGCACAGCUGAAAUCUGCUUUACGCUCCAAAAUUGCUUUUCAAAUCCAGGCUGUGAACAACCAUGGCAGAAUUACUCCUUUAGAUAACGAGGACAGCCUGAGUUUGAUUAAAACGGCAUCCAUGAUGGUGUUUGACAUUCCAGACCUGCUCACAGGAAGAGGAUGCUUGGGAUCUGUUGUGUUUUCAGACUCCUUCCUGACAUCACAAAUACAGGUCAAAGAAAAAGAUGGCAGCAUCCACCCAGACUCCAGGCACGUUAUCCUGACUGCAGCUAUCCCAAGAUUUGCUUCCUGGCUGGUUGAAGACAGUGAUGUGAAAGUGUCUGAAAAGGCACAGCAAGUAUUGAAGGAGGACAAAUCUUUCCUGGGCACUUUCCUCACUGGGGGUGAUGGUGUUUAUAUCUGUUCCAGCAAUCCACAGGCCAUGCCUGCAGAAGGCAAAUUGUAUUUCUUUUCUGAUGGAAUUCUGUUCUGUGAUCCCCACCACGGCAGCAUUUCCAUUUCCAAAAACCACAUGAGUUCCAUUUCUCUCUAUGAUGGGGAUUCCAACAGCAUCGUUGCUGCUCUCUUUAUAGACUUCAAAAGUUCCCUGCUUCCUCAUCUCCCCAUUGAAUUCCACACCCAGAACAACUUCCUGAUGAUUGCACUUUUCCCCAAAAGAAAGAUUUAUAAAGCUUUUUAUUCCCAGGUUUUCUCUUCGUGGCAAAACCAGGCAAACUCAGGAUUAUCUUUAAGGGUUGUCCCAGAAGAAUUCCUGUCUGAGGAACAAAGGAGGCUGCAUUCCAGUGUUCAGAAGCUCUUCAAUGCCUCUUUUGCUUCUGGGGAAAGAUGCAGGGAGCUGAAACUGUCUGCUGCCAUUCCAGGAUUGGAGAGGUUUGUGCAGCACUUCGCAGUCAGCAGUGUCAGCACCAAGCCAGUGAUGAGAGCACAUCUUCCUGUCCUUCUCCAGCAGUCAGAAACCAUUUCUGACAGCAAAGCAGAAGGUGAUAAGGUGAUCAUCACCAUCCUCACUGGGCUGCCAGGGUGCCGUUCCAGCGACCUCUGUUCUUUCCUUGUCACUUUUACCAAGGAGCAUGGCAGGUGGAUUGUGUAUCGGCAGACCAUGGACAGCCCGCAGUGUUUCAGUGCCUCCCACUUCCAGCGCUUCCUGGCCGGGCUCCUGGAGGCCCAGCAGAACCUUGGGGUCCAUCAGCCCACCCUGAAGAGCACUGGGAAGCCCACUGGGAAGAGCAACAGGCUCCUGGUGGUGCUGCAAGGGUACACUGAUGUUAUUGAUGUUGUGCAAGCUCUGCAGACUCACCCUGACCCAGAUGUGAAAUCUUCUUUCAUCAUUGGAGCAGUCAACACCUGUGUGGAGCCUCUGAGCUGCUACAUGGAGCACAGGCUUCUUUUUCCCAAGUUCUUGGACCAGUGUUCACAAGGACUGGUGAGUAACGUGGUUUUCACAAGUCAUGCCACAGAGCAGAGGCACCCACUGCUGGUGCAGCUGCAGAGCCUGAUCAGAGCAGCAAAUCCUGCAGUUUCCUUCAUCCUGGCAGAAAAUGGGAUUGUAACAAGGAACGAGGAUAUUGAACUCAUUCUCUCAGAAAGCAGUUUCUCAAGUCCUCAGAUGAUGAGAGCUCGAUAUUUAAUGUACCCUGGCUGGUAUGAGGGCAGAUAUGGGGCUGGGCCCGUGUUCCCUCCCAUGGUUCAGAUCUGUGUGUGGUUCAGCCGCCCUCUGGAGAAAACAAGAUUUGUCACCAAGUGCAAAGCAAUUAAGUCGUUGCUCAAGCCAAGUCCUUUUUCUGGAAACAUUUAUCACAUCAUGGGCAAAGUGAAGUUUUCAGAUGCUGACAAAGUCAUUGAAGUGUGUCACAACACAGCAGCAAAUUCCCUCAGCCUGGUGCCUGUUCCAGAGGGGCCAACUCCUCCUGAUUCCAGAAAUGAUCCCAGAGACUGCAGCAGUCAACAGGAAUAUUUCCUUGUGUUCAUUGGCUGCUCCCUGAAGGAAGAGGACAUCAAAGAUUGGCUCAGAGAAACUGCAAAACAGAAACCUCAGAGGAAAGCCCUGAAAACCAGAGGAAUGUUAACCCUUCAGGAAAUCAAAAACAUCCACGUGAAACGCCACUUGGAUCCACUCCCAGCUGGUUAUUUUUACAAUGGGACUCAAUUUGUGAAUUUUUUUGGUGACAAAAUGGAUUAUCAUCCAUUAAUGGACCAGUUCAUGAAUGAUUACUUGGAAGAAGCCAACAGGGAAAUUGAGAAGUACAACAGGGAGCUGGAGGAGCAGGAGUACCACGACCUCUUUGAGCAGAAGAUUUAAGCACGUGGAUGUUCCUGAGUGUUCCUGUCUUUGUGUCAGGAACCAAAAAUGCUCUUUUGUCCUUCUGGCUCACAAGAAAUCGAGUGAAAUGUCUGUUUUCAGCACUCCUUCCCAAACUAAGGGAUUGUUCCCCUAAGGUUGGCAUUUAACAUGGUAACUGCUUAGCUGUUUGUACUGUCAGGAUUGCUUCCACUUCACCUUAAUUCCAGACUGUACAAAGCAUCACCUGGAAUCUCUGGCUUGUGGUGGAAACGUGGGAAAAAGAAGAAGAAGGAGGAGAAAAGAAGCAAAACUGGAUUUAUUUCCUAAAAAAGGUCAGAAUGUAAUUGUGGAAUUGGGCCAUGGUGCAGAUAUCAAACAGUCCCUGGGCCUCCCUUGGACAUUGUUGCACAGGGGGGAGCUCAGGAUGUGGGAUUGGGGUUCCCAAAGUGAGAAAUGGGGGAACAGCCUCGGAAGAGUCCCCAAUCCCAGAAUUUUUUGGGUGUUCCCAAAGCAAAAAAUGGGGGAAUAAUUUAAAAAAGUAAGAGAGUCCCUAAUCCCACAGCUGCUGGGAUGUUCCCAAAGCGAGAAAUGGGGGAACUGGGGGGAAAACUCAGAAAAGUCCCUAAUCCCACAGCUCUUGGUGUGUUCCCAAAGUGAGAAAUGGGGGAACAAUGGGGAAAACUCAGAAGAGUCCCUAAUGAACAGUUUUUGGGGUGUUCCUGUUCCCAAAGCGAGAAAUGGGGGAACAGUGGGGAAAACUCAGAACUGAGUCCCUAAUCAGCAGCUGUUGGGGUGUUCCUAAAGUGAAAAUUGUAGAAACAGUCGGAACAGCUCAGAAGAGUCCCUAAUCCCAGAAGUGUCAGGGUGUUCCCAAAGUGAGAAAUGGGGGAACAGUGGGGAAAACUCAAAACUGAGUCCCUAAUCAGCAGCUGUUGGGGUGUUCCUAAAGUGAGAGGUGGGGGAACACUUUCUCAGAGUCCCUAAUCCCACAGUUGUUAGGAUGUUCCCAAAGUGAGAAAUGGGAGAAUAGUGGGGAAAACUCAGAACUGGGUCCCUAAUUAACAAUUGUUGGGAUGUUCCCAAAGCAAGAAAUGGGGGAACACUUUCUCAGAGUCCCUAAUCCCACAGCUCUUGGUGUGUUCCCAAAGCAAGAAAUGGGAGAAUGGUUCAAAAACUUAGAAUCCCUGAAUCUGCAGCUCUUGGGGUGUUCCCAAAGCGAGAAAUGGGGGAACAGUGGGAAGAACUCAGAAUUGGGUCCCUAAUCCCAGAGCUGUCAGAGCAUUCCCAAAGUGAGAAAUGGGGGAGUAUGAGCACCUAAUCCCACAGUUGUUAGGAUGUUCCCAAAGUGACAGAUGGGGGAACAGUGGGAAAAAUAGAGGAAUCCUUAAUCCCAGAGCUGUUGGGAUGUUCCCAAAGCGAGAAAUGGGGUAACAAUGGGAAAAAUUCAGAACUGAGUCCCUAAUCCCACAGCUCUUGGUGUGUUCCCAAAGCAAGAAAUGGGGGAAUGAUGAAAAAAUUUAGAAUCCCUGAAUCUGCAGCUGUUGGGAUGUUCCCAAAGCGAGAAAUGGGGGAACAGUGGGGAGAACUCAGAACUGAGUCCCUAAUCCCAGAGCUGUCAGAGCAUUCCCAAAGUGAGAAAUGAGGGAAUGGGAAAAGCUUGGAUGAGCACCUGAUCCCACAGUUGUCAGGAUGUUCCCAAAGUGACAGAUGGGGGAACAGUGGGAAAAACUCAGAGGAGUCCCUAAUGAACAGUUGUUGGGAUGUUCCUGUUCCCAAAGUGAGAAAUGGGGGAACAGUGGGGAAAACUCAGAAUUGGGUCCCUAAUCCCACAGCUGCUGGGGUCUUCCCAAAGUGAAAAUUAUGGAAAGUGAAUAAUUAGUGAAAAUUAUGGGAACAGCUCAGAAGAGUCCCUAAUCCCAGAGCUGUUGGGUGAUCCCAGAGUGAGAAAUGGGGGAACAAUGGGAAAAAUUCAGAAUUGAGUCCCUAAUCCCAGAGUUGUCAGAGCAUUCCCAAAGUGAGAAAUGGGGGAAUAUGAGCACCUGAUCCCACAGCUGUUAGGAUGUUCCCAAAGUGACAGAUGGGGGAACAGUGGGAAAAACUCAGAGGAGUCCCUAAUUAACAGUUGUUGGGAUGUUCCUGUUCCCAAAGUGAGAAAUGGGGGAACAGUGGGGAAAACUCAGAAUUGGGUCCCUAAUCCCACAGCUGCUGGGGUCUUCCCAAAGUGAAAAUUAUGGAAAGUGAAUAAUUAGUGAAAAUUAUGGGAACAGCUCAGAAGAGUCCCUAAUCCCAGAGCUGUUGGGUGAUCCCAGAGUGAGAAAUGGGGGAACAAUGGGAAAAAUUCAGAAUUGAGUCCCUAAUUCCAGAGGUGUCAGAGCAUUCCCAAAGUGAGAAAUGGGGGAGUAUGAGCACCUAAUCCCACAGCUGUUAGGAUGUUCCCAAAGUGACAGAUGGGGGAACAGUGGGAAAAACUCAGAGGAGUCCCUAAUGAACAGUUGUUGGGAUGUUCCUGUUCCCAAAGUGAGAAAUGGGGGAACAGUGGGGAAAACUCAGAAUUGGGUCCCUAAUCCCACAGCUGCUGGGGUCUUCCCAAAGUGAAAAUUAUGGAAACAGUGGGAACAGCUCAGAAGAGUCCCUAAUCCCAGAAGUGUCAGGGUGUUCCCAAAGUGAGAAAUGGGGGAACAGUGGGGAAAACUCAGAAUUGGAUCCCUGAUCCCACAGCUGUUGUUGUGUUCCCAAAGUGAGAAAUUGGGGAACACUUUCCAGAGUCCUUAAUCCCAGAGCUGUCAGGGCAAUCCCAAAGGGAAAAUUGUGGGAACAGUGGGAACAACUCAAAAAAGUCCCCAAUCCCAGAGCUGUCAGGGUGUUCCCAAAGAGAGGGAAGAGGGAACAUUCCCACCCCCACCUUUGCCAGGGCUCAGCCCAUCUCAAACUCAGCACAGUUUGAGUCUGCACUCGAAAUUCUGACUUUAAAGAAAAGCUAUUUAUACAUUUCAGGGUGAAAUCAAUGGAGAAAUCUUAAUUUCUUCCCAGUGCUCUCAUUGGGAUUCUGGAAAAUAUUUCCUGGCUGGCUGCAAUGUGCACCUUGCUUAGAUUAUCCCUGGAGGAUUCCUAUUGCAGUCCUUAAAAUUAGGCAAGGCAAGGGGGAGAUUCUUCAGCUAAAGAAUUCCUUUUCAUGAAGAGAAAUGAUUUCCAAAGGUAAAAAAUAGCAAAGGAUGUUACUUGAAGGAGGCAGGAACUUGUUUGUGGAGCUUCCAGAAGAGUUUGCACGCCGUAACAUUUCACUGUGCUGGUGAGAAAUCAACUUUUGAAAUACUUGCAACAGAAUUUUUAUAGUUCCUACAUGAUAGAGCAGGAAUGCUGGCAGCCUGUCCUGACUUAAUUCAGAAUCAUUUUAAAGGAGGCUUUAUAAAUCCCUGCCUGAAGGAUUAUAAAGUACCUUAGCAGCUACUUACAGGUAAUUAUUGGAGUUUAUUUGAAUAAGCAGAUUAUUGUAGCAUGCAUGUGUUCAGAAUUUAGGUGAGAGCGGCCCAGCAGGAAUUUUUUAUUUUCAUAUUCCUUUGCCUUAGGGACAGCUCAAUCUUUUACUGCAACUGCAGCUUUUCUUUCUGACCAGAUGUUUGUGAUACAGCAAGAAAUGGAAUGAAAAAUCUCUUGCAGGACACUUAAAAUACUUCAAAUGUAUCUGCACAGCCUCAUCCUGAGGCAGGAAAAUGAGAUUUAACCCCUGCCAUCAAACCUGAGGCUGAAUUAGAGUUUAUGCUUUGCUAAGGAGAUGUAUUUUUUACCUUUGGAAUAUGAAAUAAGUGAAAUUUCAGUGAGCACAAACACAUUUUAGGUGGUUUUGGUCUUCAUGGCUGGGUGCCUGUCCUGUGAGUGUUGCACAGUGCAGAGUUGGAAUUCCAGGUGCUGCAGGCUGGGAUAGAAAUAUUGAUAAGGUUUCAUUCCAUGCUUUCCUCCUAGAUUUAAAAAGCUGUCUGAAGACUUUAAUAUUUUAUUUUCCUUUUUUUUUUUUUGCACACCACGAGACUUUAUAUAAAAACUACUUGUAUCCUGUUAGAGGCCAGUAAAAGCCAGCAAUUAGUUUGUGUUUUUAGGCUUUCCUGGGGUAUUCCCUGGAUCACAAGUGUGGAGCAUCCUGAUAAAGCUCGUGAGUUUUAUCUAUGCAUGGCUAAAUUUUAGUCUUAAUAUCCUGUAGUGCCUGUAGAGCAAAGGUAGCUAGCAGUGGGUUUGGGGGGGCUGCCAGGGGUUUACAGCUAAAUCCAGUUGGUUGCAUGAAAUGAUUUCACAGCCCAGAAUUUUUAGGAAUCUCCAAAUUCUGGUGGUGGAGCUGCAAUCAAAAGGGGCAUUAGGAAAUUGAGCUCCAGUUGGAAUUGCUUUGCCAAUGAACUCAGUGUAAACCCAGCUGUUCCAGUCCCAGUUCUCUCACCUGCAAAGCCAUAUUUUAUAGAGUAGUGGGAUGUGAUGUGGGAAGAAAUUCCAGUGGUUGGGACAGCAGGCACGUGGUGGAGGCUUUGUCUCAACUCUACAGAGUAGAUUUAAGUGCAAUUGAUUGAAAAUAGAUGAAGAUGCUGUAGCUGAUUUUUGCUCUGCUGAACUCUUUUUAAGAACUCCAAUUUGUGCAGCUCUCAAAUCAAUAUGGAUGGGGCUUGAUCCAGCUGGAAUUCUAAGCCCUGUGAACAACAAAAAAAAGGAAAUAAUUGGGUUGUGAGUGUGCAAAUUGAGCUGUUCCUUAAAAACUGGAGCAGAAGAGCUGGGAACAAAGGCCUAGAACCCUCCUGUCCUGUGCUGCAUGUGCUCUAUGGUCAUAGCUGUGUAUUACAAAGACCUUUCACCAGACUGGUACUGGCUCAAUUCAUGUAUUUUGGUAUUGAAAGAAAUUGAUUACCUCAAUUUUUAUCCUUUAUUUUUGAACUGUGACUUUCAAACAGAACAACAACAACAACAACAAAAAAAUAGAAAAAAAAAAAAAGAAAAAUACCGAAAUAGUGAAACUGUGACAAUGGAAUCCUUUAAAAGUAGUAGUGCCUUGCAGAUGACACCAUUUAUUCCCAAAUAAAUGGAUGUCAGGGGUUGCAACCCCCUUUUUUUUUUAAAGGAAAAUAACGGUUUUGGUGAAAGGACUUAAAAAAUUUAACCUAGUGACAAAUAUUAGCACAAAUGGUUAAACUGUUUAAAAGAAAACUCUUUGAGGACUGAGAUGCCUGAUGCUGCUGUUGAAGAGCAGUUGCUGAUUUUUUGGGAGUCGAUUCUAACGAUCAGCAGCGCUUUUUGAAUUUUAUUUUAUUUUAUUUUUGUUUUUUAGAAGAGUGUAACUUUUGUACUCUGGUCAGAGCUGUUUGUACUGUAUGGAAUCCCCAGCCCAGGGGAUUUGGUGUCCUCACUCCUUGGAAGUCGAGGUGAGGAUGGAGCUCGAGGUUUGAACAAUUUUUGCUACUGUAUAAUUAAAAAAAAAAAAAAACCAACAAAAAAGCACCAUUUCUAACCCACUGAUGUUUGGAUCCAGCAAAAGUGCCAUUACACCUUUUCCUUUUCUCUUUUAUUGUACUUGGAAAAAUUUGUGUCCAGGCAUUGCUGAGCUUGGGAAGUGCUGAAGAGUCCUCAAGGGGUUUCCACGCUUUGCUGACCUUUGUUAGCAGCUUGUGGUGGUGUUUUUUUCUUUCUCCUCACAGAGAAUGAGUGUGAUCAGAAGUUACUGAAGUUAUAGGAUUCAAAUGUGACAAACUUAGCAGGGGAACCUUUGCAACUUGAGCUGCUCUGCAAUCUGGGAGUAUUUGAAUUUUAAGCUGUGCAAUUUGGGAUUAAUCCAGUUUUACUCUUUGCAAUUAACACACCUGAUUGCAGGGAGGAGUUGAGUUGCAAGUCAGGGUUCCCUAAUAAGUUGGAAUUUUUUUUUUAAAUUAUUGUUAUUUUUUAAUUGAAACUUGUCUGAAUUUGCACAGAUUUAAGCUCUGGAAUACUUUGUUAUUCUUGAAAAGGGAAAAAAACCAUUGUGACUAGUAUAGUGAAUUGUGAACUGUGAGUUGGUAGAACCACAAGGUUGAUCUAAUCUUAGGUUGUUAAAAAUGUACCUCAGCAAGCUCCUGAGAAAUUGCUUCAUUUUUACCCAACAGCCAGAUCCUGAUGUAACACUUCUCACUUUACAAUGUGCCAAAAUUCACUUUUAUACUAGUUCUCAAUGCUUUAAUAUUUGCAAGUCGAAGUGAAAAACGUGUUCCUUACAAACACUACUGUAACUUCAGUUCAGCUGAAUGGUGUGAUUGAAGCUUUUUGCCUCUCGUAUUUAUUACACAACUUGAUUCAGUAAAUAUAAAAUGACCUUUCCAUUUAUUUUUGUAUUGUUUUACAUGUUUAUACCUGCAGUUUGUGUGACUUUUACACCUGUAACUCAGAUGUGAUGGAAAGAACCAAUAAACAGUAUCCAUCCAC